AUGGGUCCCUAUCUGGAUAGAGAAAGGUCUACGUCUCCAUCUUCGAACUGGCAGGAAACACUGCACGGGACCGCUGCACUCCGCAGAACGGCAUCCACGGAGAAAAACAAUGGAUCCUCGCGCAGUCAUGCCGCGUGCCGCCUUCGAAUCGUGAACCCCUCCGCCGAUGUCGUGGAAGAUGGAUAUCUGUAUCUCAUUGAUCUGGCCGGGUCCGAGACAGCCCGCGAUAUCGCAGAGCACGGAGCCGACCGUAUGAAAGAGACCCGUGAAAUUAACAUCAGUCUGUCCAUUCUCAAGGACUGUAUUCGGAGUAUCACAGAUGCGAAUUCUUCAAGGUCAUCGAAGAAACCUUAUGUUCCUUUUCGCCAAAGCACAUUGACCAAGACUCUCAAAAACGUGUUUGAUCCCUCGAGUAACCGAAAAUGCAAGACCGGCGUUCUGGCCUGCAUAGAUCCCAGUUUCUUAGAUACGGUUGCAACAAAGAAUACUCUUCGCUACGCGGAGAUGCUUUUGGCUGCUGCACCACCAACUAAUAGAUCUCCCGGGUAG